UCUCUCUCCCUUCCUCCGGCUCUCGUGACACGCGAGGUAGGCGCCUCGUGUGUGCAUGCCGCGUGCGACACACGCGACUCGAUCCCCCCGUCAUCGUCGAUAUCUCGCGUCUGGAGCCGCAAGACCAUCUACGCGAGAGGAAGCGGUUUCUCGCGCGCGCGUGCGAGAGAGAGAGAGAGAGAUAAAAAGAAAAGGGAGAAAGUUGAAAAACAGAACGAAAUAAGUGCGUGAUAAAGCGCUCGCGGUUGACAAUUACGCGUAACGUGGAUCGGCGAAACUUGCAAAAAUCGAAAAGAACGCGGGCGCGCGCGCGAGAGAGAGAGAGAGAGUGGUGAAUAGCGGGUGAAAAGAGUGUAGAAAAGCGAACAAACGAGCGUGCGGGCAGCCGCGAGAACCGAGAGAGCAGUAGCGGACGUCUCGUGGGUAUAUUUAAAUAGUGUCCCGGCCGGUCAGAGAGGAAGCCGACGCUUUCUUCAUUGUCGUCGUCGUCGUCGUCGUCGUCGUCGUCGUCGUCGUCGUCGUCGCCGCCGCCACCGUCUCAUCGUAUUCCCGUUCUCGUCUCCGACGUCUUGACGGCCCGGUUCGACCCGUUUCUCUCUCUAUUUCGCUUUUCCCGCUUUAUCGAGUGUAACACGAUACGGAGUCACGGAGAGCGCGAGAGGGUGACAAGACGAUUGCUCGUGGAAUUCCAUUCGACUCGAUGUCGAAUCGAAGGGGAUCGACGUUUCUGAUAGUCGCGGGUAUUCCCUGCUGUAAAGUCGAUCGGUUCCGCCUGUCGUCUAUUAACGCGAGUGAACACGAAGAUUAGACAACUAAUUUUUCGUCAUUCGGCAUUCGGAAGUUAUCGCUGGAAUUUUUGUCGACUAUCAAAAAUCAAAUCUCGUGCGAAAUUGUGUGGAAAAAUUCAGAACUCGCGAUACGACAUUCGACGAGGCCUGGUUUAAGUCGGCUCAGAAUGAUUGUGCCGAUCGCGAAUCAUAAUGAUCAGAAUUUAUAAAAGAUCGAUACUGGUUGUCGCGUCCGCGAUCGUCGCAGCCGCCGGUCGGGAUCAUCUGCGAUAAUACAACAGCUUUCAGAAGAGAAAGAGGAAGGAUUUAAAAGAAAGAGAGAGAGAGAGAGACAGAAGCGGCUGCAUGGUGCGGCUCGCCACGGCUGCUACCUCCGCCGGCUUCGAGGAUGAGGAGAAUGAUAUCGCGUAGGAUGAAGACGAAUGUCGAAGAAGCCCCGACGUUCCAUUAUCGAUGGUACAACAUCUCGUGAGAAGCCCGAACAUCCGCAAGAGCAAAUUGAUAGAGAAUCCGAUUUGGUUGCUAUUCGAACGAGCGGGACGACGAAUAGCGAGUCGGGUCGUCUCUAUUACAAGCAGUGACUAAUAUCACGUGGAAAAGCAGCGCGAUAAUAAAAUUGAAGAAACAGAACUUUAGUUAAACAUAGGACUCGCAAGUGCUUACGACGAAGUCGGAAAGGGGCUCGCUCUCCGAGCUCGAAGAGGAGGAAGAGGCGGAAGGAACGCGUGCCUCUGUGUGAAUCGGGGUGACCGAGGCGUCGACCUCACCCCCGAAUCAUACCGCUAACCAGGUUGGAUGAUGUGGGCGCCUCUGCUUUUGGCCGGGUUCUUAAGCGGCUGGUGGGGCGCACUGGUGCUCGCUGCGGCACCCCCCGCCAUUCGGGACACCCUUGGGGCGACGACGAGUAGCAUCAGCACCGAGACGAGGCAUUAUCGUCCACCGUCGAUAGUGGACGUGCGCGAGAUUACGGAGUCUCAAUUGCGAGGAGAUACUCUCCGGCAAUAUACGUCGUCCGACCUUCGUCCUGCUCGUCCCCGCGACCUUGACAAGGUCCCGCCGACCGAGCCAAGCCCAGUGGACCAAGAAGAAAAAUUCUUCUCCAAAGAGAUAGAACAUUCUGCAGAGGAUGACGCGCGACAUAUCUCGCGCCACUUCUCGAUCCAUGGGGGAUCGUCGCUCGAGAUGGAUCUCGGAACUUUGGUCACGUCGAAUCCCACGCAAACGGUGGAUCCGGCGAAAGAGGCGAAAGUACGUCGCGCCUUUCACCCGGAGAUAAACGAGUCCGGUCUGACUAGCGCGCCCCGUCACUCCUCGACGCAGACACCCUUUAUGUAUCCGCCGGCGAUGGCGGAAUCGACAUCGGCGGAAUCGUCGAUGGAGCGGCCGCGGAUCGCUAGAUCGGUCAAGCAACGACCAAAGAACCGCGCCAAGGCGGACUCGCCGCGCGAGCAACGACGCCGCUGCAGGAAUAAAGAACGGAGCUGCCGCGGUCAGAAUUGGUGUCCCGACGUCGACGUCGGUAAUCGGGCCUAUCUGGCGCCCACGGUGUUCGAGGGUAAAGUACGCAGCAUGUCCUCGUUGAGAAAGCCCGGUUCAAAUUACGCGGUGACCUUUGAGGUGAAGCAGGUCUACAAGAGCCAGCCGGGCUUUCAGCCGCUGCAGAAGAAUGACAGCGUGCGAUUGCACUUUCGCGACAAAUCGGCUCCUGGCAAGUCGACCGUGUGCAACGGCCACGAAACCGGCAAUAAGGCCGGCAAGCAGCAGCAGCAGCAACAGCAGCGCGAUAAUCCGAGUGGUGUGGUGCGAGCCAAUAUUAAAAGGGGCAAAGUGUAUCUAGUGUUUGUGAAUCGCGUGGGACCCAGGAAUUUCACGAUCCUUGGCCCGCCGGUGAUCCGAAGCAAGAAGAACGAGCAGGCCGUCCAGGCUGUUGUUCGACCAGAUUACGUGCGAGAAGUUACGUUGUCCGAACUCAGGGACUCGAUAGCGAGGUUACGGGAGAGAGUGAAGCUAGUAUGCAGGACGAGGGGCUCGCCGCCCCCGAGAGUGCACUGGUUGAAGGACGGUGUACCACUGCAUCCCCGAAGAGGCCUCAGGAUUCAGCACAAACGGCGGAGAUCGAAAGUCGUGAUAUCUUCCGCGAAGCCUGAUGACAGUGGCAGAUACGAAUGCGUGGCUGAGAGUACUUCCGGUCAUCGGGCCUCACUCGCAGCCCAACUUCUAGUCGCUCAUGAUACCAGAAUUCCGGAGACAACGACAGCGGCAUGGCCGCGGCAGGAGCAGCCCUGUCCGAUAGCAGGAGAUUUUUGCAUGAACGGUGGUACCUGCCUAUUUUUCGAGACCGUCGGUGAACCGGCAUGCCGAUGCGCGGAGGGUUUCACGGGUCUACGGUGCGAGACGAAGGACGUCAUCAGCACCGGAAAUAUGGAUAAGUUUUCUUCGUUCGCCGAGGACGUGACGCUCGCCCGCUUCUAGCGCAUCUAGCGGCACUGUCAAGCUUGCACAUCGGGACAUUCAUCGUGUUUUGUUUUGUUGUAGCCUCACCCACUCAUCCCCUAUCCUCGUACAGGUUCCUGCAUCCGCGACUUCGCCCUCUCCGCGGCCCCUUCGGGCACUUCUCCUUCCACCGUGUCAUCACUAUCCGCAGAUCUUUCGCGUAGCCAUCUCGAGCGCUCAUCGCUGCUCGCCCUUUCGCACUGUCCCCCGAUUUCGCUCCCUCGAAUCAUCCUCCUUUCAUUCGUCAUCCCUCUCGUCCUCUCUUUCCUUACAUUUCACCCAUUGUCCACCGUCAUCCCCGCGAUAUCGACUCGCUCCGAGACGACGACGCUGGCCAUCGUCAAGAACCACCAUCGUUUCUCAAAGGAAUAAUUUGGCCCGCUACUUCCUGCCACAGAAGAGCCUCGGGGGACGAAGCGAACCGCCGACCAACGUCAUCCACGCGCAUACCGCAUCCUGGACCGUCGUGAGUCGAAGUUUCGCAAGCUAGCCUAGAACUAUCGCGCUGAGCGUCCUUUUCCGCGGGAUAAAGGUCUGGAAAAGCGGCAAGAAGAAAAGUUUCAAUCCUACUCCCGGAACUGUCUUCAUCCUGGAUCGCGACAAAGACCGUCACAUUGCAGUACUCACAUAUUGCUCGGAGGAAAUCCCGGCCUCUUCCACAAACGAGAUUAGAAAACUUCCAACGACGCACCUCGCCACUUCAUCUGCAAGAAAACUUCAACCUUCCGUUCGACGAGAAGGAAUCACGAGACGCGAAUGAAUGUGGAAGAAAAUAUUAAUAACAACUCGCUCUGCCAUUUAUUAUAAUCUAUUCUUUUUUGAUUGAAAUUUUUUCGCGGGAAUAUUAUUAUCUCGUUACAAAUCGUAAGUACAAACUUGUUAAUUAUAGUAUCGUUAUAUUAAAAAAAUGAGUGUUAUAAUCAUUGAGAAUAUAUUUUCUGUUAAAUUAAUUCUCUUGAUUCUUCGAUUAUACUAAUAAAUUGUUUUAAAUUAUUUUAACAAUAUUUGAUUAAUUGGACCGAUGAAAUAUUAUUGUGGAAUAUUUCCUGGUUAAUAGAUAAUAUUUUUAAUCGCGAUUUUUAAGAGAAUUUUUGGACUGCUUUUUCAAUCAGGACAACACUUUUAGAAAACACAAAUCAUUUUCUAAUCCUCGUUAUUUUCUUCCACAAAAAUGGCAUUCAGAGCUCGACAAAUAAAUGAUCUUACGUUGUAAAGCCGAUUGACUUUAGUCAAUGUCGAAAUAUCGCGAUUGCAAAAGCGCCACUUGUGAUUAUUGCUAGGAUAGAAGGAAAAAUGUAUCAUAAAGUGGAUCUCGAAUUGCUCCGUUUCCAGUGAGAUUUGUACGGGGAAAACGGGGAAUAAGAGAGGAAAGCCGUCGUAAAACUAUACCAUAGGGCACGUGCAGAUCGACGUACUACCGCGGGCAUGUCGUGAUAUCAUUUUACGGGAUUGCGCAGGAAGAGAGAACCCGCGAGGAUGAUCCCGAGUACUGUAAUAGGAUUUCCAGGAUCAGAGUUUUACGCAGGAGGGACCGCGGUAUCUUCCGGGCACCAAGUAACGGGUAACACGGGACGUUCAACUUCUACAAACAGGACGUGGCGCUUUAAUUAGCGGAGUGUCCUACAAUUACAUAAGCUGCUGCAGCAAAAUUUUAACUAGACAACUCUCUCUUGAAUACUUUGGUCAAUAAUGCAAAAGGAGAUAACUAAUCUCAUACCGUUAAUUACACGCAUACACUCUCAUGAAGGCUCACAAUGUUAUUCUAAAAAUUUUCAAUUAAGCUAUUUCAACCUACUUCUUAUACAUUUCUGUUUUUCUUUUACUAUCUUUACGUUUGUAAUUUUUAAUUAAAAAUUAAAUAUAUUUUUAAUUUUAAACCUUUUUUUUAUUUAUGUCAAAUUUUCUUUCAGACUUUUGUUAAUGUUAAGAUAUUUUGAAAUGUUGUUUAUAUACUUUACUUAAACGCUUGUAUAUUAUUCCUUUAAUUUAUUAUUCGUAUUAAAUGCAUAUUACAUUUCAUAAAUAAUAUGUUCUAAACUCGUUGUGUGUAGAAAGACUAAAGAUUUUGUUUUUUUAUUAUAUUUGCAAAUAUCAUAUUUCUUAUUUAUUUCUAACACAUAUGUUCAUUAUUUUCGACUUUAAAUUAUUUUCCUCGGAAUUAAAUUUUUAUUUUUUUCAACUUCAGCAUUUAAAAUGUAAAUCAAUUUUCAAAAAUAGACAGUACAAUCGUAAAAGUCGAUACUAAAACUAUUUGUGAAGAUAUUAGGACGGUUAAAAAACGAAAAUUUCAUUUUAUACAGCCCGGAAGAUACGUCGCAACUGUUUUGUAUGCUCGAGAGAGAACUCAGCCAGCCGCGAAAAAGCGCUCCGCGAUUCCCGAAGAGAUUUCGCCGAAGAAAAUUCCGGCUUCAAUGAUGCGUUCAGGACGCUCCUAUUGUACAAAGUAACCCCUCGUACUCCCUUUUUAGGCACUCGCGCCGCAAUGCGUUGGCUCUCGAACGAUCAAAAUACCGAAUUGUUUCCGCUCAUGAAGUGAUGAAGGGCGCAUAGGAGAUGUUAAAAUUGUACGACCAUGAUGUUAUUAUUUUUACAACAAAAUCGAAUUCAUUUUAAUUAAGAGAAAUUCACAAUAAACCUCGACGUAAAAGUAACUUUCUGCUACCAGAAAAGACAAACAAUUAUUAUAAUUUCAUUUUUAUCGCAAUAAUAAUAGCGAAUGCAAAGGGGUAAAAAUUUCUUGAAUUAAUAUAAUUAUGUUUUCAUUACAUAAAGAAUUGUUUAAAUAAUGUCAAAUGAAAAAUGUCAAUUAAAAAACGACCCCAAUUGAAUAUAAACACGUUUUUUUCUAUUAUUUUAAAGUUGUCAAGUAAAAGAAAAUUCUCUUUACAAAGCUAAAAAAUUUUUAUGCGAAUUACUAUAAUAGUCGGCUAAUGUCGAUCGACGAAUGUAUUUGACAUUUCCAUCGACGAGAGUGAACGCAUGCGCUUACUUUUUACAUCGUUAGGAAUUUACACAGUUACGUAUAAGUAGUUUUGUGGGCGAACAAGCGAGCAGAGUGUUCCGAGCCGUUUUCACGCGAUGAGAAGCGGAAAGUACUUUGCGACUCUAGCUAUAAAUCAGAAACAUGCUCGAGCGAAAAAAUAUAAAAAAAAAGAGAGAUCGUCGUAGCGAAUGAUGUCCGUGCAAGCUUACUAGUGCCGCCGUGCUUUUUCGUUGAAUUCGUUUCGUCGCUCGUACCUAUCGAACGAUUUGUAUGAAAGUCAUCGUGAGUACAUCGUGAGACUCGCCGUGAUGAUCGAUAUUUCGCGACGUCAACGAGCGAGUUUCGAUUUUAUGAUAGCGGAAAUAUUAAUGAAUAACAGUUGUACAAAUGAAAUUAGACUCCUUUGUUGGAAAAAUACAUUACUUCUAUCUAUAUAUAAUUUAUUUUAAAUCUUUAGAUACAUAUUUAAAAAUACAAUGUGUGUGCAAUACACAUAUUGUGAAGAGAUUCUAAAUAAAGUAAUUUUCUUCGCUUCUUUCUCAAUAAAAUGAACAGAAAAAUAAAUCCAAGGAAACAUAAUAUUUUAUUAAGAAAUAAUACAUCUUGAUAUAUUUGUCAAUGUAUUUACUAAUGUGGCUUUAAAAUUGCGAUUCGGCUCGAACACGCGACUAUCGAGACGAGACGGCGAGUCCGCGAAUAGUGAACAAAAGAAAGAAUGUAUUUUAUGAUAUUUUAUGCAUAAAAAAAACGAUCGUAAAUCGAUAUAGCGUUAGUAAGAGGUAAACUUAAGUAGAAGUGUAUAAAUAAAUAAAAUGACAAUUCGAGCGUGCCCUUUUGCGCACGCUACGCGCUGCACUAAACGCGCGUCGCGAAACGAACGCGAUUUUACACGUAAGAGGAAUCGAUUUUUGGUCCAUGCGGGAGGUGGAUGAGAUCGUGAAACGGUGGUUUAGCAUCGCGUAUGCACGCCCAGCACAUCGGCGAUUGAUUAAUGCGAUGAAAUGUUUACUUCAUCAAUUACGAUAUAGCCAACAAUUAUAAUAAUUUAUCGAUGGCUAGUUGAUUUCUAUUCUUUCACGCACGAGUGCUCGAUCGAAAUUAUGGUUGAAAAAAGUCUCCCGUUAAUCAUGCUAUCGCGAUUAUACGGAGACGCGAUAUAAUUGAAUGCGAUUCGAUCGACGACAUUUUCGCAAAUUCUGAUCGCUGCGAAUCACCGUUUUGCGAAAACGACAACACCCGAUCAUUGGUAUACUAAGCGCUACUGUAAAAUAUUGUAUAUUGUUUCUCGCGUUGUUUAUUUUUCAAUGUUUUUACUAGAGACACGUUUCUACGAUAUUUACGAAGAAUUACCGCAUAAUGUUAUUAAAAACGCGAUCCACGAUAUUCUGUUAUACCGUACAGACAUGCGACAAAAUAAUCUGCCGCCACCAAGCAAACAAUAUAGCCGAUUUGAAUUAUUGAAUUAUUUACGAAAAUUAAGAAUAAAAUAUAAGAGAGAAUUAAAAUAUAAAUUCAUAUCUCUGUGCAUAUUUAUAUUUUAUUGUUAUUGGCACCGUUAUUAACGGUAAAAUUAUACUUGAACCAUUGAAAAAAUGCAUUCGAGAUUAUUUUAUCGUUAUCACGAUUUAAAGCUCAAAAUUGAUUUCGACUAUUAAUUUUAAAAGUUAUAGCUUUUAUAUUCAUUAUACAUAUAAUAAAAAUAAUCAAAUUUCAAUGUUUAUUAGUCUGGUAAAAUAAAUAUUUCCUUACAUUCAAUUUCUUUCCAUUAAAAUUUUUGCCACUUUUUUUAAUAACGAUCUCAAUUCUCUAAUUUAUAUCGCGAGAGAGAUAGAAAGAAUUUAAAAUAAUUCACAUCGGCAAGCUUGAUUAUUGUCAUUGUCCGAUUUAUCGCUCUCUUACGGUAUGGCGGAGACAAAACGGGAUAAAUACAUUUGUAAAAUUGCAGCGUAUCUCCAGCAGCUUUCGCAGUGUGUGAGCUAAAAAACGAAUGCGGAGCAAAACUAGUCUAGGCGCAUUUAAAGAGCGCACGGCUUGGAUGCGGAGAAGUAUUACGAUUGUAAUGUCCGUCUAUGGCAUAAAACACGUGCUUUUGAAGAGAAACGGAAUAUUUCAAAAGUAGGGAAAAACUUUUACUAAUGUCUAAUUAUAUGCAGUUGUAUUCACGUGAAAUGUCGCCACGCUAGAAACUCAAAUCAUCUCUUGCAAAAUGUAAAAUACUAUUCAUCAAACACAUUCCUAAUUUCAAAUAUUAUCUUUCAUGUGUUUGUCAAAAAAAUAAAAUAAAAGAACAAAAAGACAGAUAUAUUGAUUGCCGAAAAAUAUUACAAUUGCUAAUGUUAAGAGAGAAUUGCGAAAAUGUAAUACCCAUGAAAUUUCGAAUAAGUAAAAUAUUUAUUAAUGUAAUUUAUUAAUGUAAUUCGCAUAAAAUAUCUGUAAAGAUGGAUCGUUGAAAUUUAAGAUGUUCAUAAAAAUGCAUCAAAAGUUUGAAAUAUUUUUUACAAUCGGGAAUGCUCGAAAGUGUGCUAUUUUCUCAAAAGUUACCGUAUAUCUCCAAGACGGGCCAAGCGGACAGAAGUUGUGACAUGUAACGUGAAGCGAACGUUUGCAUUCCGCGAUAGUCCUUAUAGCGAACAGAAUACGCACCGUGGACUAUAUGGCUAAUUCUAGCAGCACGAAGUAUUAACGUUAAUAGCGAAAUUAUUGUAAGGGAAACGUAACGGCGAAUUACUAAUAAAGGUAUAGAUCGCCAUCGAUGUUUCCCGAAAUACGAUCUUCUUCGAUCGUAUCUCGGCAAAAUCGAGAUAUGCUCGUAAUAUGGCAAAUAUAAAUGAGAGAAGCGAUUUUCUUUUAUUCCGAUAAUUGGCUAUCUUUUAAAGCGUCACAUUUAUAACAAUCGUCUAAUGAAUAGUAUGCAAUAAAAAUGUGUUACGCUCUCUAUAGAUUUUAAAGUAUUGAUUUUCCCUUUGUUAAGAAUUGAGCUUCACACAUAUUUAAUAUCUUUAAUUAUUAAUACUAAGUAGACCAUAAAAUUACAAUUACAGAUUAA